UGUUCCCCUUUUAGUUUCCAAAUUAUUUUUCUAACCAAGAGGAGGAUCUGAUAUACAACACCAAAUCUCAGACUCCCUACAUAGAAUAUUGUUGUAUAGACGGAUUACGCUGAAUGGGACCACAUUUCAGUCCUAGACAAGUGUCCUACAACAUUCUACCUGUUCUUCCAUUGUAGAGAUUGUUGCUGUUUUCUUCAAAUUUCAAGAAUGAUCUGGACAAUAACUCUGGCUGCGCUUCUUCUGCUUCCUUCUUAUGAAUUCUUCGAAAACAAAGUGACCAUUCCAGUUACUCGCCAACUUGGGCAUCUAGGAGAACAGAUAGUUCUACACUGUAAAACGUCUUCUCCUUAUGUUGAAUGGAAGUUUAAUGGAAGGAAGAUUGAGAACAGUGAUGAUGUAUAUUCAAAUUCAAGCCACCACCUUACACUGGCAGAUGCCAAGAAACACCAGAGCGGUAACUACACUUGUCAUCACCCGCACACCAAAGAGACCUUAUCGCUAACAGAACUACAACUUGGGCUUCCUCCAGAACACCUCAAUAUCGAAUGUUGGUCUCCAUGUUACCCAGAAAAAAUUAAAUGUACCUGGGACCUGCAGCCUGAUACCAAUUUACACAACACUUUCCUUACAACAUACAGGUUAGGCCUUAUGGGUUCGGAGCCACCCCAAAAAUGUAUACAGCAUGAAACAAAUCCAAACAGCUGCCUGAUAAGUAACUUUCGGAUGUUUGAAGAGUUUCCUUAUCUUCUUAAUGUAACAGCGGUCAACCAGUUGGGAUCGGCAACACAACUGCACUAUUUCUUUGUGGAGAACAUAAUACGCCCUGAUCCUCCGGAGAACGUCAGCAUAUCCUCCAUAUGUCGCGACAGCAAGAAGUUAUAUGUACAGUGGAGGCCUCCACAUACUUGGCCAUACCCAGAGAUUUUCCCACUGAAGUAUAAGGUCCGUUACAGGAAGGAGGGAUCUAAAUCCUACAUCACGGUUGGACCAUAUGAGAAGACCUAUUUAAUUCUCACUGGGAUCCGACCAGGUUCCACUGUAAACGUUCUGGUGGCUGCCAAAGACAUUUCUGACUUGGGGCACAACAGUGAUUGGAGUGAAGUCGUGACUGGUCGUCCAUGGAAACCAAAUGAUUUUAGAUGUCUUCCCGGCCAUUUAAAAUGAUAUCACAUUGGCUCCAACUCCAUCCAAUAAUUCUAAUUAAGAUAAAUUGAAGAAAUAACUAUACGCGGUGUGUAUUAUUAUAAAAUGGUCAUGGGAAACAGCCAAAGAAAUUGGCCCUGUCCAAUACUUAGCUCUGCUACCAUGUGUCCUUCCCAUACAAUUAAUAAAUGAUCAGAUUCUUUCAUGUAUACUCCUACAGUUGACAAAUUUGGAGGUGUCCUUUAAAAUGGGACUUCCAUAAAAUUGCAAGUUAGGAAUGGCAACAAAAUCAAUCCAGAUGGUAUGUGUCUAAUGACUGCAAGGAUACAAAGUGUAUGCCCUUGCCGAUAAAUGCCAUUUUCUUUCCCGCUUUCCAAUAUUUGUUCCACUUGGUACUGUUCCAAACACUGGAGCCGACACUGGGAGCUCGUGACCUCAUAGUCCCGCCCCCUCCCAUAGACUUGCACUGAGGGUGCAGAGUGUGACGUCAUGAGGGGGUGGGACUAUGACGUCACAAGCUCCAGGAUUCGGAACAGUUUGUUCCAAACGCUGAGCAGCGGAGAACCCCUUUAAAAUCAGCACAAACAUAGGUGCCAGGAGCUUCAUGACAAGGGUUUCCAUGGUCUAACAUGCAAACCUUACCUCACUAAGCCCAAUGCCAAGCACUAGCUGGAGUCAUAUGUUGUAUAGUAUGCCCCCACUGGACUCUGGAGGUCCCACUUCUUUAUCAUGCAUGUCAGAUCAAGAAUGUUAGAACAUUUCCAGUCAAACUAGCUUGUGCAUACCAUAUUUAUGGUGAAGAAUGAAUAAAGCUUUUGGGUUGCUUUCCAGUGUUUGACCUUAAUGCCUUGGUUUCAACGAGGUGAAACCACCGCAAUACCUGUUCUGUGUCCCCUGUAGUUAACCCAUGUGGUUUUGGCAGCUCCAGUGGCCCCUGUUGUUUCCUAAAUAUUCUUUUUCCUUGCUUGCAGCCCAGACUACAACUCCCAGCAGUUAGUGUGGCUGUAUGCCAGCCAACUGCUUUUACUACUAUCUGUGUGCAUGCUGUGCUGUUGUAAACACAUUGGGGAGAUUUAUCAAAACCUGUCAAGAGGAAA